CCGAUGAAGAUGUGGGAACUGCAGCGUGUGCUGCACUGGCAACAACAGGCGUGAACGCUUCCGCCAUAAUUGCGGCUGCGGUCACGAACAGAGACGCGACAAAUUAUCUGUACCCGACGUUGCUGCAGAACGACACGACGAAUUUGAGUCAGCUUAUUAUGGGCGGGGGUCUUCGAUGAGUUAUACUGUUAAUACCCGGUAGAAUAGUUUAUAGAACGGAUGUAGGAUGGACUUGGAUGGAUCGGAUGGACCCCCCUGAUUCUUCCGAUCCUACUUGAAAUGGUGGGAAGUCCAUCCGAUCCAUCCGAUCCACCCCAUCCCGGAUCUGGCACGCCUAUAUAUUAUUCAAUCAAAUAGAUUUAUUAGAUUUGUGCGACCGCCUUCGUCUUUCGUCUAAUCUGCCAUUCCCAAACGGCGUGUAUGCCCCAACCACCGUCACCAAUGAAUGCCGACCUGGCCGUAUCCGCAAUCUCGUUGGUGGAGAUGUCCUUGGCGCAACAGGGGCCGUCAAAUCCGCAUUUGAAUCAUCCACAACGCAGUCUCUAGGACACAUUGCGAGGCUUUCGGUUGCUCUGGACACUCCAUAUGGAGUGACGGCUUCCUACAACUUCGGAUUCGCAAACUUGCUAAUUGGCGACACAAACAAUCAUAGAAUCGUUGAAUAUGCGGUUGAAGGCCAUGCGGAAUACACCAUCCGCUUUUGGAUACUGCUGUCCGGAACGGAUCGAGACGAAAUCAUCAAAGACUCACCGCUGAUUCUGAAUACCACUUUGUACAAUUAUGGGAUUUUUUCGGUUUAUGUUUUUUUUUUCGGAUCCAUGUUCUGUUCACUUUACUGCCAAGAAAGCCAAAAACCACCAUUUUUUUUGUUACUGAAUAUUUGGCUAUGUUGAUGAUGAGUGGCUGAUGACAGACUAUGGAGUCUAUGUAGUUGAUACUGAGUGGCUGUUGUUGUUCACUCAUCAACCCUAUAGUUCAAGCGCUGUCUUUCUAACAGAAGUUCUUGGGUCCCCGUGCAGCAGGGUAUAAACCCGACCUUUUAGCAGCCGGACUAUAUUCGCCAAGUAUGACAGCUUUAAGAGCAUCAUGGAAAAUUUGAUAUUGAGAGCUGACAUCUGGCGACCUUCGAAGGUUCUUUCGAGUACAGAUCUCAGCAGCACAACUCUGCUUUUCCUUAACAAACACCGCCCUUUCAUUUCCCGCCGCUGGUAGUUCGUCCACUUCGGAUUUCGAUUUGUGUGAUGCGCAAGACAUAGAAACUAAGAGCCAACAACACAAACUACGAGAAGCAGCGAAGACAGUUGUCGAUGAAAUCUGUUCCCAUGUUUGCGACGAUAGCGAAUAUUUGGCCACGGCGAGUGGGGGGUUUGAGUUAAGCAAAUUGAGAAGGGUAGCGCAAGAGGCAUUUCACCAAGCUCUCGAUUACUACAACCAUUUUUUUUCUAAGCAAAGGAAGUUACUUCGGUUUUGGUUCCAGUUCGAAGUGCUGCUACGACGGUUGUGGCUAUUGUGUGAAUAGUUGCGUGUCCAAUUUCCUAGCUUUGGAAGCGGCCCAAGCAAGUACGGCUCGUUGCAUCGCCAAAUACGAACUAGAUCGUUGUCUACGCAACAGUCCCGAAUGCGCCAGUGCGACCACUGCCUUGACACAAAACUACGAGAACAAUGGAAAGAACGCUACGGACCUCUGCCCUGGGAUGCAGACGGCGAUGUAUGGAAGAGGUAUUUCAAGACUAUCAGAGUGAAGAUUGUUGGAAUUAUACUUGGGCCGGCAAGUGGUUGAGGCACUUGAGCUCUGCCCACUUGAGGCAGACAAGGGACCCUGCCUCUUGAGGCACGUAAGGGACUGCGCCCCUUGAAGCACUUACCUCGAGGCACUUAAGGGACUCUGCCUCUUGAGGCACUUAAGGGACUCUGCCUCUUGAGGCACUUAGCUCGAGGCACUUAAGGGAGUGUGCCUCUUCAGCCACUUACCUUGAGGCACUUAAGAGACUCUGCCUCUUGAGGCACUUAAGGGAGUCUGCCUCUUGAGCCACUUACCUUGAGGCACUUAAGAGACUCUGCCUCCUGAGGCACUUAAGGGACUCUGCCUUUUGGGGCACUUAGCUCGAGGCACUUAAGCGUCGCCCGCUUGAGGCACUUGGCGUUGUGCCUUUUGAGGCACCACUCAAGCAUCACUUAGGCAUCCUUUAGGCACCACUUAAGCAUCACCUGAGCAUCACUUAAGGCUUCGCGGGUGCGUCCCUUAACGGUUUCGCGGGUGGGUCCCUUAACGGUUUCGCGGAUGCGUCCCUUAGCGGUUUCGCGGGUAUGCCCCUUAACCGUUUCGCGGUUGGCUCCCUAACGGUUUCGCGGGUAUGUUCCUUAACCGUUUCGCGGGUAUGCCCCUUAACCGUUUCGCGGGUACGCCCCUUAACGGUUUCGCGGAUGUGCCCCCCAACCGUUUCGCUGUUGUGGCCACUAGCGAUUGCGCGUGUCGCUACAUACGGAUUGACACCAAUAGACAGAGCCUUUGCAACUACAUCCCCCUGAGAAGAAGAGAAGAAGCGGCGUUUCCUUUGCAGAUAUUAAUGCACUCUUCACCUAACUCCGCUCUCUUCUACCCUAAAAACCUACCAUCCUACCUCCUACCAUCGUACCUCCCCAUUCCCUUUCAGGCAACUACGACCUUGUGGGCAGUUUGAUGCGGCAUGGAUUGAACCAUCCGGCGAACAAACGAAUGGAGUUCUACUGCGAUUUCAUUUGUCCUGGCUGGGCAGAUAAAAGUGAGUCAGAGCCUUUGUCCUUGUCAGGACUAGGAUGUGGAUUUUCCGCUGGAGAUGCAUCGAUUAUGGUUUUAGAGUAAAGAUAAAUAGAUGUAGAUUAAAAUAAUAUAGAUUAAGUUUUUUCGGUUUUUGUUUUUUCUAGUUAGAUAUGCUCCACCAACAAUAUAGAUUAAUAACAUAGAUUAGAUUAAUUUUUUGUUAUGUUUUUUAUCUAUCAACUUAUGAUAAUUUUGCUGGAGAUACAUCGAUUAUGGCAUCUAAUGGACGUAAAGAGCAUUUUACUACAUUUUAUCUCGUUUAGAGUUUUAAGAGCCUUUUAAUCGAAUAGGUUUUCUAAUUCCAAUCCUGUAGUAGGAAUGGAGGAUCGGGCUGUGAAGUACCUACUGCUACCAAGUCCUCACAAAGCGUUUACGCGAACGGAUUCGAUUCCGAGUCUACGCUUAGAGCUAGAGUGGACAAUGACAUUUGCCAACAACUACUGGAGUGGCUGCGCAACCAGUGGCUGCUUCUUCGAAAUUCUGCCUUCGGUCAACGGAUUCAGAGAGGUUUUAGUUAGCACCUGGUUCAACUAGUAAUUUGGGAUGAUGCUUCUAUCUUGUGCAACCAGCACGAUAAUGACUUUACUAGUACUUCCUGAUUUCGAAACAUCUUUAUCACCCUCUCUGUAACAAAGUUUUCGGUCAACACAACAAAAAGCUCCGAUCCUCAGGUAAUCGCCACUACGGUUCGCGAAAUAUGCGAGGUGGACAAUCCUGGUAUUUCUUCGCAGUUUACCUCAGAUCUUGGUAUGAGACCUCGGAAGAACGUAUUCCCACGUAGCGGUGUAGUGCUGACUCAUUUGCGCAGCAAUUAAGGCAACCGUUGACCCGUCCUCCGUACCAUCGUCCCUGGCUCUUUUUCGACUUGAAAAAGAUAAGCCAAGGAUGGACUCAUGGAUGCGAGCGCGGUAGCGCUAAAUCAAGACUUCAGGCUUAGCCAAUGCAGUUACUACGUGGGCGCUGCAAUCGCCAGAUGCGAAGGGAGUAGAUAGAUUGGCACUGUUCAAAGGACUCGUGAACGGAACGGGAUAUAUACCGACGUCUUUCUUAUGAUUGUCUUCGAGUACAGAUUUGAUCUUCAUGUCUAGCUUUUAUUCUCAACUUCUAAUGUUCGAACUAGCACCAGGUGUUCUCUCUGUUGGAACGGUGACGCUUCUACCAGGUGGGUCUUUGCCAGGUACUGUAAGUGACGGAGACGGCAAUCGCACACAGCUAGCAACGGCGAUAGCGGCUUUAGAUAUGGCUAAAGACCAUAUGUUGUUUGAGUUAAGUCUAGAUCUAUUCUGCGAAUUGUAAUGAAAAAUUUUAAUGGACUAAUAUCCAAACUAAACGUAAACCAAUACAUAGAACGUGUAUACUAAUUGUCAGACCACAUCAGCAGCUGUGUUCCUGCCUUCUCUAACCUCGACGGAACGAAUAACUGUACAGUGGCGACUCCGUGUACGUUUAAUAUGCGUGGUCCCCUCGUCACGGACAGAGAGUGCCCCACUGCGGGCUGUGACGUCGCCACCCUCGUUGCGGUAGUAGAGCUCACUGCAUUUCGUGCAGCACAAGAACCCUGUUUUUAUGAGAAAAAGUGUGUAUGUUUUCCUAAUGAAUGAUUCGAAGUUUUUGGAACAAAUAAUCCAAGCCGCCAAAUUUUGUUCUCCUCCCCUAAUCCUCAGAGCUCUUCACCUAUACUCAAGCGAAGGCGAAUGUCACUGGAACUUUACAAACUGCUGCAGACUGGGAAUUGGAUAGAAAGCGUCGCUUCGCUUUCGAGUUUCAACGGGCUUUGCAGUCUAGCACCAAUUUCAGGGGUCAAGCAGUGUUGAAAAUGCACCCACUUCAAGCGGAUUGCCACAUAGCGCAGAAGUUAAGAUGAUGUUUUCAGAAAGAUUGAUGAAGUAUGCAGGUGAGUGUUGACUAGGAGCUUUUACUCCAUGAUAAAUGUGAUAAUGAACAAACAAAAACCUUGAGGUUUGUAUUACUGUGACGUUUAAUUGAAGAAGCAAAGGAACUUUUUUUGCAUGUAUGCUACAAAUAUCGUACGAAUUAUUUCGGUAGGAAGAGAUGAAGAACAUCUGUUCGUAAAAGUUGUACGAGUUUCAGUAAAAGAAGCUUCCUGAAUCGCCAUCUAAAACUCAGUGAGACAGAAAUUGCUACAAAUCCGGGGUGCGUCUACUUGCGAGGCAACGCGUCAGACAACGCAUUCUUGACGCGCAGGCUCUAUCCGUCCAUUGGCUUGGUGAUUGGUUAUGCCACAAAGUGAAGCACAAACGAAUUCUCGUAGAUGAACGAAAGUGAGUGUCUUGUCGUAGAAAAGUUUCAUGACGAGAAAACUUGAGUUUAUAGUGGAGUCGAGACUUUCUAGGAAGAAAAAUUCCAUCCACCUGUACUCAGGCACCUUUUCAUGUUCUCACGGCUGCUUCCACGACAUUUGUAUCACCGCACACGAAUGCUCUGGCAGAGUAUCCUAAUGUUACGACAUCUUAGUAGUCGCCCGACGGGGCCAACUCUCACAACUUCCAGUGCCUUUACUCUCCCGCACGAAAGUGGUUUGUUCAAGAAACUAGUACUGAUGAAUAUGACGACUAGUUUUAUCAAUGUCGUACCUCUAGUACCCCAAAAACUAUCGUGUACUGAUAACAUAAGAGAAUAAGUGGUUUCAAACUCCAACCUGUACCUCGCUAACCAAAGAGUGGUAGGUCUUUUCUAUGAAUUUGCUGUGCGACGUCAAGCAGCGUGGACUACGAAAGAGAGAAUAUUAACGUCUUACCGAGCUUCUGGGAGUGGGACUAGUGGAACUGCAACAAUUUUGACGAAUGCAUUUAGUUAUGAUGCUUUUUGAAGUUAUUUCUUGACAUAACCCGAAGUAGCGGAAAAGCGACAAGAAGGAAAAGCGGUUUGCAUCGAUCUUCUCCUUCUUCUUUCUCCUCCUCUUCGUUAUGGAGAGGCACCGAUUCACUUUAGACUUUUCUUCCCAUGUUGAGUGAAAAUAUAUUUAGAUCCUUCUAAUCCCUCGAUCGCCUGAGUACGUUGUACACGCCACCGAGGUCAGCGCAGAUUGAACUAGUGUCGCCACUUGGUGAAGGCUUCGAUGAGGCGAAACAUUUUGCCGCUGUGCAGAGCUCAGUUCAAGGAUUAGCAUCCCAUCGCUUCGGAACCUAUCAAGAUAAUUUGUGUUAAGUCAGGGGUUAGAAAAUUUGUAGGAUGAGAAAAUAGUACAACAAGUUUGCUUAGCUACUGUUUCUUCAAGUUUGGAGUAUACGGAAGUGCAGAUGAGGACGCUGCAUCCACAGAAAUAUACUAGGGAUACGAAAAAUAAUACCACCAAGCACCGCUUGGCUUCGUCUCUUUUUUUUCCUUCUUUCAGUAUGAGGCAGAACGUGCAGCAAUAGAGCCAGCAGUAAAAGCAAGGAUGUCUGGGCCGCGAGCCAUGGUAACGAACAGCUUCGGAGAGCUUUUCAUCGCAGAAACGGGCUCGCAUCGCGUCAGGAAAAUAGAUCACAAUUGUAAGGUCCUGUGCAUUUUGAGUUGAUUUUUCUGCUUUGACGGACUAUCCAGAUCAACCAGUGGGAGAAGGUUGCUUAUUGGACAUGCAACACUUGAACUAGUUCGAUGAAGGCAGUAUUAUAAGGCAGAAGAGAAGAUAAGUAAUUUGUUGUUGGAAGGGCUACACGCUAGAGGUAAAAGCGAGCCGGUUGCUUUAUUUAGUGCUUUGAGCGAACAACACACUGCCUCCUUUGCCACCUCCACCUACUUCCUUCAGGGUCUACUAUUCAGACCGCGGUUUCGAAUCGGGGAACUGCGUACUUCAAGGGUGAUGGUGAGUUGGCGACGAGGGCCAUGCUAGACACACCAACGUCUGUCUACGUAGCAAAAGAGUCACCGGACUUGUUUUUAAGGACGGGGGGUUUCCCUUCUAGUUUUACCUGUAGUGGGAGACCGAGAUUUUCCAGAGUUUCACCUAGUGGGAGACCCUGUUUUCAUCUAUUUCUAGUGACAUUUUGCGUUCGUGAGUAGAGCACGUUGUUCUCAUUUUGUAUCACUUAGACGAGACUCUAAUCCCUGUAGCAGAUACCGGCAAUGAACGGAUACGGAAAGUGGAGGGCUUAGUGAGAGUGGACUCUUGUCCUGGCACGAGUGGACACUUUGAAAAAAUCACAAAGACAGUGGUACUGCUUCUGGAGACAGAUAGAUUACAGUUUUUUGUCGGAGGUACAUCAAGUUGUUUCUAGCUAGAAAAAAUGUUUGCAAGUACAAUACCGUUAUAAUAGGUGAACAACAUGAAAUGAUACGUGGGGAGUCAGUAUAUCGUGAAAAUUGGCUUCUAGCUACAGGUUUGUAAUUAUGAACACGGCAUCAUGUUCGUUUCCUGAUUUACUCUCUGUACAAGCAACACCGGAGAAUCCUCAAUCAACAUCUCAGAAUCCUACCUACGAUUUCGCGGAAACGGACGAGCGACGUUACCUCGAUAUCCUAAGAUGGAACUACGCGAAGAUUACAGCCCGUUGCCUGCCACAAUCUGGUUUCCGGAAGGACAUAGAGAAAGACUGGUGUGCUACAGGGUCCCAGGUGACGUCGCCAGCACAAAGCUACACAGUAGAGAUCGAUCGCGCAGUCGAUUUUUGCUCUUCACUUUAUGGCAUAUGAAUGGAUGAAUUGCAUUAGAGCAGUGUGCAUCCUUUGUUGGUGAUAAACAAACUACUGAAAUAACCGAGUUACCGAGUGAAAUAAGGGAGGUAGCUUUGACAGGGCUACUCUUCCUUGUUCAGUAUCUCGCUCACUUUCAGUAGUUACUCGCUUAUUUCAGGUUUUCGAGUAGUAACGUCUACAAGUGUAGUUGUACAAGCAUCCAACCUUUUAUCACAGUGCAUUCCACUCGUCAAGAGCUUUCUAGCACUCUAUCCGUUCCUUCCGCAAUGAGAUCCUUCCGUGUCCAUCCUGCCAUUAUUCCCCGUCAGUUUUACCAUUCAUACACCCUGUGCGCGAAGUAACGCGGGAAGUGUAGGAGCGGCGGCGUUUUGUCAGACCUCGCUUUGCCAGAAUUUCGUUGUCACAACAGGGACAGAAAACAGCACAACCAAUGUGUGCGGAGGGGUCCCGACUGGGUCAACGAUUAUGGACAAACUUUAACUUGGACCUGUCACUAUUGGAGUUGAAGAAGUUCUUGUGUAUCAACCUAUCUCUGAGAUCAUAUUUAAGGCAAGGCACUCCUCUUGAUCUUACAUUAUCUUUCACCGUCACUUGUGUUAUUUUUUUUUUGAUCUUCCACUUCUAAUUUUUUUCAGUGCCAAAAAAACAGUACCUUUGCAGCGGAACUCGAGACAACGUUCCAGCGUGUGGCACAACCAGUUACCGACCUUCUUUCGAACGCAUUGUCUAGUCUCUGGAGUCGUGCCUCGAUUCUACCUGCAUUUACGGCUUUUUACUUGUGAUCAUUAAAACUAGAGUGGAUGCACGGACUAUCCCUUCCACGACAGGGGGAGCCUUCAUUUUAAUGAUAAGAACUAGAAAACUUACCCUCCUAUACUUCAUAUCCUUGGCGCAAGUAAAAUUAGCCGCAAACACCAAAGUCCGGCAAAUUCUAAGCAUCCGCCCACGCACCCAGUAUGCCCAUUAGCAGACUUUGGCUACGACAGCGCAGUCGGGACCUCUGCGAAGCUUCCGCUUUUUGAUGUACUAGCGCAUCUCGUGUACGACCGAUUAGCGGGAUCCACGAAAGCAACACUUUACGGAAAGAAUGAGUAGGUCUACUCCUAAGUAGCUAGAAGUAGUAAGUUAUAUUCGUAAUGCAGUAAUCUCAUGUAAAUCCUGUCUCGCUUCCUUGAUCCUUACGCAGUUCCAAAAUUCCCAAUCUGUCCGCUGUUUCUGCAUGAUGUUCCUCGUCGUUUGAAGAUCUUAAAACUUGCAGCCUAUCGCCUUCCAAGCCUUCCGAUGAUGUGAAUACUAUGGCGCAAGUCUAGAAGUCCAGCACUCUCCUGAUGAUGAUCACGCCCCUGGUGCUCGCUGUUGUUUCAAAGUCACAACCUGCAUCGUUUCGGCUUUCGCUCGUGUUUUCACUCAAAAAGUAAAUUGAUGAUCACGCCCCCGGCACUCUUUCAAAGUAAUGGACUCCCUUCGCCUCUUCUUGUUUCUGGUGCUGUUUAGAAAUGUGAAAAAUGUGAAUUGAUGCAUUUUUAUGAUUUUCCCCGAUCCUUAUGGUAUUACUGUCGUAAAGUAAUGGACUAUUUUUACUUGUGUGGCCUUUACGCCUGCCCGCUGCUACGAUUGCGCCGGACUGACCUUUAGUCGGUUCCUUGAGAGAAAAGGAAAACGCCGAGAGAACCACUAAGCCACAGCCCUAGGCUUUUCGCGUAAGUGAAGUUUUGGAGUAUCAGUGCGAAGCUACCAGUCUAGUUGUUGUGAUACUAACACUAGGACCAACAGAGUCAUCCGAGAGUGCUAGCUACGGACCUAGGUGAAGCGCAGCUGAAGCGGGAUGCAGCAUCCAGAAACUUUUAACUUUAAUAACACAAAUCUUCACAGCUCUAAUGCUUCCUGAAGAAAAUUAGAGAAGGCCUUUGUCCUACCACAGUGGAUGGUCUGACCAGC